AUGGCCGAUAUUCGUAAUUUCUUCAAGAAAGUGCCGAAUCCUAACAAUAAACGUACACGAGAACAGGCUGAUAAUGAAGAAGCAGUGGUUGUAUCGAAGUCACCACCAAAGAAGCCAGUUGUUUCACCAGCAAAACCGCCAGUUGAAACGAGUCCACAGAAGAAAAUAAAAACAAAAGAAGUUGAUCCAGUGGAAAAGAAGCGACGCUCAGAAAAUUACAAGUCAUUCAUGAAUCGAGGUGGUCCCGAUGCACCCGGAUCGAAAAACAUACCCGAUGGCGCAAAGAAUUGCCUGAAAGAUUUAGCAUUUGUUAUUUCUGGUGUAUUGGAAUCUUUGGAACGUGAUGAAUGUAAAGAUUUAAUUGAAAAAUACGGUGGACGAGUCACAUCUGCACUGAGUGGGAAGACAAAUUAUCUCCUAACUGGUCGUGAUGGUGGAGAAUCAAAGAUGAAGAAAGCACACGAAUUGAAUGUUAAAAUAAUCUCUGAAGAUGAUUUGCUAGAAUUGAUACGAACACGUCCAGGUGAUGAAGAACCAUUGAAAGCAGAAAAAUCGAACAGAAAGUCAAAAACAGUUGCCGAACCAGAACAACCCGCUGUCGCUUCGUCAUCAUCAACAAAAUUAAAACGAAAGUCGUCUUCUAUCAGGGAAACACCAGCUGUAGAACCAGUGGUUCCUUCCAAAAUAAGAAAAACAACCAGUUCAUCAUCUUCAACCAUUCCAAAAACAACAACCGAUGACUCAACUUUACUAUGGGUUGAUAAAUACAAACCUCGGACCAUCAAACAACUCAUCGGUCAACAAGGUGACAAGUCGCCUGUUCAAAAGUUAAUCAUUUGGUUACGCGACUGGUAUCAACACCACAGUCAAAGUGAUGAAAAAGUCAAAGCUAAACCUUCGGUUGGUUUUAUUCGAAACGAAAAUCCUGCCAUGUUCAAAGCCGCUCUCCUUAGCGGUCCACCUGGUAUCGGUAAAACCAGCGCUGCUCAACUAGUCUGUGAACAUUUAAAUUAUCAAUAUAUUGAAAAGAAUGCGUCUGAUCAACGUUCGAAAAAGUCCAUGUCGACUCUUUCCAGUGAUACUUAUAGUGUUGCACAUUUUACCGAAAAAUCCAUGUCGAAAUAUGUUUUAAUUAUGGACGAGGUCGAUGGCGUGACUGGGAAUGCAGAUCGCGGUGGUGUACAAGAAUUAAUUUCUUUAAUCAAACGCUCUCGAAUUCCAAUUAUAUGUAUAUGCAAUGAUCGACAACACAAGAAGAUUCGUUCUUUGGCGAAUUACUGCUAUGAUCUACGUUUUCACCGUCCAAAUAUUCAGCAAAUUCACGGAGCAAUGUUAAGUAUUCUUCAUCACGAACAUAUUCAAAACAUUUCGCCGCAAACAUUAGAUGAUAUUAUAAAAUCAUCGAAUCAAGAUAUUCGUCAGACGAUUCAUUCGUUAAAUCUGUGGUCUAUUCAGGGAGGUCAAACCAAUUCCACAGCCGCGAAAAUGAUCGACAAAACAGUGAACACGAAUCCGUUCGAGUUAUGUCGUUUGUCAUUUUCCAGUGAAUUUCGUGACAAAUCUCUCGCAGAUAAAAGUGAUAUUUUCUUCUAUGAUUAUCAAUUAAUGCCAUUAUUAAUCCAAGAGAAUUAUCUACAAUGUCAACCACACGUUACAAGUUCGAACAGUGAAAAACGAAAGUUGACGGAUGUAGAACAUCUGAAUUUACUCGCAAAUGCUGCUGAUCAUAUAUCUUUAGGUGAUAUUUGCUCCCAGAUGAUUUUCAGCAAGAACGACAGUUGGUCGUUGUUGCCUUACCAAGCAAUUUUUUCUACGGUAACUCCGUGCUCGUACGUGCGUGGUCAUCUUCGUGGCAUGGUCAAUUUCUCCUCAUUUUUCGGACAGCGAUCUCGUACAAACAAAAACGAACGAUUAUUAAACGAGAUCGAGAAACAUAUCUGUCUAAAAACGUCAUCGGCGAAUAAACAACAGUUCAAUUUGGACUAUUUACCUUAUCUAAGUCGAGCAUUGAUUUCUCCAUUGCAACAAAAGAAUGAAAGCAAUGGUAUCGAACAGUGCAUUUCGCUAUUGGAUGAUUAUUACUUAAACCGAGACGAUUUUCAAACAAUCAUGGAACUGAACACAUGGGGUAAAACUGGUCGAAAUCCUUAUGAUCAACUCGACACACAAACCAAAUCUGCAUUAAUCAGAAACUACAACAAGACAAAUCAUCGUGUGCCGUACGCAAUGAUCGACAUCAAGAAGUUAAAGAAAUCGAAAGGACUUAUGGAUGAGGAGGAGAAUGACGAAGACGACGACGACGAAGAAGAAGAAAGUACUCCGAUUGAAAAUGACGUAAUGAUCAAAGAAGAUAGACUCCUCGACCAUGAAUGUCGAAACAGUUUCAUAGGACUGUUUAGACAGAAGAGGAUGUGUAGAAACAGACGAACACGUUCGUCAACUAAACUAAAUGAAGCGGGAAAGGAAACGAAAAAAGAGACACUGUCAGCGACGUCAUUUACACUUCAUAUGAAAUAUGUUAGUUUACUUCUGUUAACUUUUCAAAAUGUGGCCGGCAUAUUAUUAUUACGAUAUGUUCGAACAACCACCGGACCGCGAUUUAUCAAUUCGACAGCUGUGUUAAACUCUGAAAUUCAAAAGACUCUUCUCAGUAUUUUCUUCGUUAUCUGUGAAGAACGAAGUGUUGUUAACGGAUUGAAAUUGAUCUAUGAAAAAGUUUUUCAUGAUAGUCAUGAUACGAUUAAAACAGGCGUACCAGCCUUUCUUUAUUUAGUACAAAAUUAUCUUCUUUUCGUUUCAAUAUCAAACUUAGAUGCAGCGACAUUUCAAGUCAGUUUUCAAUUGAAAAUUUUUACUACCGCAAUCUUCAUGAUGCUGAUCCUCGGUCGAACAUUCAAACUCGUUCAAUGGUUAGCAUUGUUUCUUCUAUUUCUUGGUGUAUCUCUCGUACAACUGGAAAAUAUGACUUCCACUGUUCCUAAACAAGAUGUCAAUGCCAUCAAAGGACUUCUCUCCGUUGUUAGUGCUUGUACAUUGAGUGGGUUAGCUGGUGUCUAUUUCGAAAAGAUCCUCAAAGGCAGUAACGUGCCUUUAUGGAUACGGAACAUUCAAUUAGGUAUUUUUAGCAUCAUUUUCGGCUCGAUUAUGAUGUUAAUCCAAGAUGGAACAGAAAUUCAAAACAAAGGCUUUUUAUUUGGCUACACAUCGAUUGUUUGGACUACGAUAACAGUCCAAUCGGCGGGUGGCCUUCUCGUCGCUCUUGUCAUGAAACAUGCAGAUAAUAUUUUGAAAGGUUUUUCCACUUCUGCGGCUAUUAUAAUCUCAUGUAUCGUCAGUAUGAUUUUAUUUGACUUCCAACUGACAAAUCUAUUUGCUCUUGGUGCGUUCUUGGUCGUGUGUUCAAUAUUUCUCUAUUCAAAACCCGAUUUGAUUCUUCAAGUACCUUUUUUAAAAGAAAAAUCGAUUUUAUUUUGA